AUGAAGCAGCCGUUGAUUUUCACUGGCAAUUGGAAUAAGCAGCUAGUCAACGACAUUUGUAUGCUUGCUGGAUUGCCUCUCGGAAAAGCCAAUGUGUCCACAUUCUCCGAUGGUGAAAUCAAUGUGGACCUACAGGAACAACUGCGCAGUGCCAAUGUGGUACUUAUUCAAUCCACAUCGCCCCCCGCUAACAAUCUGAUGGAGCUAUUGUUCAUGAUUGCCGCUGCCAGCAGAUCCGGUGCCAAACAUAUCACGGCAAUUAUACCGUACUUUGGGUAUUCAAGGCAUGAUAGGAGAACCUCAAAUGGAUCGAACAUAUCGGCGAGUGAUGUGGCGCGGAUGUUGGAGCUGGUUGGUGUUAAUCGCGUAAUAUCGUUCGACCUCCAUAGCGCAAUGUGCCAAGGAUUCUUUGGCCCAAGGGUGCAGGUGGAUAACAUAAAUGUUCACCGUCUUUUCUUAGAACACAUGAAGGGAUUAGAGAAGGUGGCGAUAGUUUCAGCCGACGCAGGCGCGUAUUCCAGAUCAGUUAAUUUCCUUAACAUGUUCGCAAACGCCUACCCGUCUUGCGACAUCUCUUCGGCCAUGAUAUUCAAACAACGAGUAGCAGCCAACCAAGUCGCCGAUGCAAAACUUUGUGGCACAGUGGAUGGACGAACUGCAAUCAUUGUAGAUGAUAUAGUCGAUACGGCGGGGACGCUCUGCAAGGCGGCAGAGCUUUUGAUAGCUAAUGGGGCCGCCAGUGUAGUCGCGGUGAUCACUCACGGCAUAUUCUCCGGAAGCGCGCUGCAAAAAAUUAGGUCCUCCUGCAUUAAGAGGAUUAUCACCACUGACAGUAUUCGUCAUCACGAGACGAUCCUUCGUGAGCCCAAAAUACAGAUAGUUUCUCUCUGCCCAGAGAUCGCAAAUAUUAUCGCAAACCUUUGA